AUGGCUUACAUUCUUUUGUAUGUGGAUGAUAUUAUCUUGACAGCUUCUUUUGAUGCUAUUCGCAAGUCUAUCAUAUCCCUUCUUAGUUCAGAAUUUGCUAUGAAGGACCAAGGAUCGUUGAGUUAUUUCUUGGGUAUAGCUGUAACUCAUCAUGCAUGUAGUCUAUUCUUAUCUCAACGGAAGUAUGCAAUAGAGAUCAUUGAACGAGCUGACAUGUCAUCUUGUAAGCCAUCUCCCACUUCAGUUGACACGAAACCAAAGCUCAAUGCUAAUUCCAGCACACCAUAUGCCGAUCCAUCUCAUUAUCGAAGCCUUGCAAGGGCUUUUCAAUAUCUCACCUUCAUGAGACCGGAUAUUGCUUAUGCUAUGCAACAAGUGUGUUUAUUCAUGCAUGACCCGAGGGAAGAAUACAUAUACGCUCUCAAGCGCAUUGUGCACUACAUUCAAGGUACUCUUAAUCAUGGCUUGCAUCUUUAUCUAUCUUCCACAUCUACUCUUCUCUCUUAUACAGAUGCUGAUUGGGGUACAUGCUUAGAUGCUAGAUGCUCCACAUCGAGUUAUUGUGUGUUUCUUGGUGAUAAUUUAAUUUCUUGGUCCGCUAAACGGCAAGCUACGUUGUCACGAUCUAGUGUGGAGGCGAAAUACCGAGGCAUUGCUAAUGUGACUUCUGAGUCUUGUUGGUUAUGA